ACAAGUAAACAACUAAUAAAACACAUACAUGCACCCGCACCCAAACAAAUACAUCCACACCUCACACACACACACACACAAAGUGCAAACAAGCAUAGAGUGUUAUUUAUUUUACACAUGAAAGUUUAAUGAAGAAUAAAAGUGAAAGUGAACAUGUAAGAGUGUAUGUUUGAGUGUGUGCGAGUCCUUUGACGAAUGAUGUGAUUGUAAACGUGCAUUAUUCAUGUGAGUGAGUGAGUGUUCACCUAUAUACAUAUAUAAAAAAACAUACCGACAUACAUACAUAUAUGUAAGAAUAAAUAAUAUCUUAAAAGUAAAUGUGAAAAUCGGAGAAAAAAUAUAAGAAAAAAUAGAAAAAAUCCCCCAUGCACACACACACAGACACACACUAAUAUACAAUUAUUUCGAUAUGUUUUUGAGCAACAACAAACACUUGUGGAUUUAACCAACUUUAACGACCACCCGAACGACCAACAUCGCAACAAGAUUACCGACGUGGUUCAAGUAUUUUCGUUAGAAGAGAGCCAAAAAAAAGAAACUCCACUUAAAGUGUGAGCGUAUGGAUGUGUGUGCAUUUCGAUGUGUUUAUUUUGUUUGUUUGAGUACCAAUUACAAAUGCAUACGGUGUAAUUAAACAUAAACAGCAACUGCUAGAACCACUGCUACAAUUUCUAACUAACUGCAGUUGACCAACACCAUCCAACCCAGGUUGCUUAUGCUGGAAUGCUGUUUUUGCGUCAUUAGUUUGCUGCCUCUGCAGUGUUGUUGAAAAAUCUUUGCGGUAGGUGGUGGUGGUGGUGGUUGCGGCCACAAAAUGUCUCUUUCCUCCAGUACCAACAGUCACAUCUUUCGUUCAUUCUCAUCGGAGAGUCAGAAAAAUGAUUGGUCAAAACGUUUGUCGCUGCGUGGCAUACGACAUGGCAAUUCCGGCGGAAGUACUACUUCUUCCAAAGAGGAUACCAGAAAACAUAAAUUCUUCAAUCGUUCCUCAUCGCUGAAACAGUCAAUACAUUCCACUGUUCCACCAUCGGUAGACCUGAGUGCUUCUGGUCAGUCAGCAGGAGCAAUGCAGUCGCAUCAGUCACAGCAACCUUCCACCCCCAAGAAAUCCAAUUGGGAGGUUAUUGAACACUUCAAUACAAGCGCCAAAAGUGGCAAGGCUGUCGUCAGUAGCAGUCUGAUUGCGGCGGGUAUAACACGCUGCAACAUCGAUGAGUCCCUUGACUCCACAAAUUCCAGCUCCACAUGCCAAAGUCCCAUGACAUAUCCAAGAGAUGAGGCACAGCUUUUGCAGACGAAUUAUGAUGCGACGGAGGCACAACGCAACACCGAGGCCAAUGUGAACCUGAAUGCCAAUCUAAGCCCAACGAUAUCGUUUUGGUUUCGUCUGAACCGCAUCAUUUUGCGUUUGUGCAGUACACAUCAAUUUAAAAAUUUACAGGUGGAAAUGCUGUACCAACGUUAUUUUCUGCGCAUGAAUCAAAGCAACACCACCCACAUUUUGGUGCUUUUACUGGCUCUAAUUUUGGCACUAUCCAGCGCCCACAUUGUCUACAAGACAAUGCAAGUGAGACAUAGUUGUAACACGGUAACUAUUUUCUCCAACAUCGAUAUGAAUGAUACCAUCAAUGGUUACGCCACUCUUGGCGCCCCCGGCCUAGCCAGCGUCAAUGCAAGCUCCAUCAACUAUGCAACAAUGCCACACGUGCCACAAAGCGACUUUCAGGCGAAUAGUAUAAGGCCGGAACGCGAUAAACAGGUGGUGGGGGAGCUGGCCGACAAUGAUGCUACAUCCGGUGUACAACGAAUGGAAAUGCCUCAUCACUUACCGCUGAAAUCUAAGACGGAUACAGUGGCAAUGUGGCAUGCAAUUGAAGGCGACGAAGCCACCACCACAUCUACGACGCUGCUAAACGAUGCCAGAAUUUUAAUGGCUUAUUCCAAUUACAGUGCCAAUGUGGCUGAGGCUGACCAGGCAAGCGGCUACAGUGACGUCGACGACGGCAUUGACGAUGAUGAGCAUGAAAAUGUGGCGAAAUUCAAAACAAGUGCCAAAACAGUUACAUCACUGCAGCAGCAGCAGCAGCAGCAGCUCCAUCAUCGACAUUAUCCUUCCAGCCAGGAGAUGAAAUCAUCCUUGGCUACACAGCUCUUUAAGCGCCGCAAAAGGAAAUAUUUAAAUAGACAUCUACUGAAGCAUCGUUCCAGAUUGAAAAGACAUGCUAUGAAGGAAGAACCAACUGCUAGAAAAUUAACAACUUAUCAAAGAGAAAGCGUGGGAAAACAUCGUAUAUCCAAGCAAGAAAAUUACCAGCAAAAACCUUCACACCAUUCUAUCCGCCAAGGAUUGCGGCAUUUUGCUGACCAUCAUGCAGAUCAGCAUCAGCAUGUUGAUGUUGUUGAAGUGCCAGCAAGUCAUUAUAACACGAAUACCAGAAAUGAUGAAAAUUAUGCCAAAAGUCGGCGGGAACAUACCAAAAGGAAAUGGAAACAAAUGUCAAGGACAUCCCAACAUGGGCAUGAAGAGGCAGCGGCAUCAAAGUGGACCGCCAAUAGGCGACAGACAGUUGGCCAACUAAGCUAUGGGAACAAUUUUGAAGUCAAUGAUGAUUCAUUGAUAUCGAGUGAAGGCCUGCAUAAAGAGCAUGGACAUCAACAUACCAAAGGCACAGCGGGAGCCAGAAGGGUUCAACGAAACAAAAGACAUGAAAGGAAUGAAAAUGUGGUCAAUGCCUCAGCCAUGGAGGAACAAAACAAAGGUGUCAUGAACAGCGACAACGAUAGCGGAGACAUGGUAAAAUUGAAAUUUCAAGAACAACAGCAUCAGCCUCCUGGAAACAGUCAUCUCCUUAACCACCAGAGCCAUCGUGAACAUCAACAUCAUCAUCACCACCACCACCAACACCAUCAGCAUCGGCAGCAGAAGCAACCUUUUUUGCAACAGGACACUGAUACCCCCAAAGAGAAUGACGAUGAUGAUGAUGAUGGUGAUUUGAGGCAUACAAAAGGAUUUGAUGAACCAUCAACGAUGAGACAGGAAAAAAUCAGCGAGAACAAUAAUCUUGACAUUGGCACACAUGAUGACAUUGAUAUUUUUCCUUCUACUAUGUCUUCUUGGGCUUUUGGUGAUGUUGCCACCACUACCAACCCCAACAGCGCCUAUCCCAAUUCCGGUGUAAAAGACACUUUGGCCUUGCCUGCCAGCAUUGAUAACAGCAACGACUUUGUGUCUCAUAUUAUGGCCGAAAUGCCGACAUCUCACAACGACACACUACCAGUUGAGGAGGAAUCCAAUCCCGGCACCAGCAGCAGUCUACAUGCUGUUGCCUACAGGCCAACUGCUGCCGACGACCACAACAACAACAACGAUAACGGCAACGACAAUGGCAAUCAAAUUGAUUUCAUUUUAACGGUUAUUGGGGAAAUCGAUGAAAAAAUGUGGGUGCUGCUCAUUGUCAUGACCAUUUGUGUGUUGGUCUAUUCGGUCCUGCUGUGUAUUCUAUCGAAGCCGGCCAUGAAUGAGAUCUUUUUGGUGUUGGUAUCCUAUGUCAUAGUGGGCACAUUUGUGGCCAUACAAAUCGCUGUGGGCUAUGCCACAAUUCCAAGUAAAUCCUUUAAUGGCUGUGUCUGCAGUGUCAUUUUUAUCUACAUGACAUACACAAUGUUGCCGCUGCGGCAACGAGAAUCCUUGGUUGGUGGCAUCAUAUUAUCCAUAACUCAGAUCUAUACCAGCUUCAACUAUGUGGAGGACGAAUACCAUUGGCAAGAGUUAUUCAGCUCUUUAAUGGCUUUAUUUUUAUCAAAUCUGACCGGCAUUUAUACCCAUUGGCCCAAGGAGAAAGCCCAACGGAAGGCAUUCAUCGAAACGCGUCAGUGUAUUGAGGCCCGUUUGCGUACACAACGAGAAAAUCAGCAACAGGAACGCCUGCUGUUGUCAGUAUUGCCGCGUCAUGUAGCCAUGGAAAUGAAAGAUGAUAUAGCAGGACAGCCACGUGAUACACAGUUUCACAAGAUUUAUAUACAACGACACGAAAAUGUCAGUAUCCUCUUUGCUGACAUCUGCGGUUUUACAAGUCUCUCGGAUCAAUGUACGGCCGAGGAAUUGGUGCGUUUGCUGAAUGAACUCUUCGCCAGAUUUGAUCGAUUGGCAGCCGAACACCAUUGUUUGCGUAUUAAAUUAUUGGGUGAUUGUUACUAUUGCGUCUCGGGGUUACCCGAGCCUAGACCGGAUCAUGCCCAUUGUGCUGUUGAAAUGGGCUUAGAUAUGAUUGAUGCGAUAGCUUUGGUGCGUGAGGUUAUGGCGGUCAAUGUAAACAUGCGUGUGGGCAUACACACCGGACGUGUACAUUGCGGCGUUUUGGGUUUAGUCAAAUGGCAAUUUGACGUGUGGUCAAAUGAUGUGACAUUAGCAAAUCACAUGGAGAGCGGUGGCAUACCUGGACGUGUCCACAUAACAAAGGAGACAUUAAAAUGUCUCGAUGGGGAUUAUGAGGUGGAGAAAGGCAAUGGAGGCGAGCGUAAUUCCUACCUAAAGGAUAAUCAAAUUGAAACGUAUCUCAUUGUGCCAGGUGACAUUUACAGACCGAAUAAGAAGUCUCGAAAUCGCUUACAUGUCAAUGGAAACAUAUCGAAAGAGCUGCGCAUGAUGGGUCAUGGAAGCAUGCAGAAAAACUGUUCCAAAUUUGGUUUCAGCGAUACAAAUGAAUCGUCCAAGGAUCCCGAGGAUGAAGUCAACGAAUAUCUUAUGAGAGCUAUAGAUGCUCGCAGCAUAGAUCAUCUGCGAGCAGAGCAUUGUCAAUCCAUUUUACUCUCUUUCAAAGAUCAAAACCUAGAGAGAAAGUAUGCCACAGAGCCUGAUAGAAUGUUAAGCAUAUACUUUUACUGCAGUUUUAUAGUGUUGAUUGGUACAACCAUUAUACGUCUAUGUAUAUUUUCAAGUAACGCAUUGGCUAUUAGCAUAUCCUGUCUUACGAUUGCUCUCAUGUUGCUGAUAUCGGUGUUGGUCACAUGCCAUGAUCUCAAUAUCAACCUUCCCAAUGGCAUCAAACAAUUCUCAUCACAAAUUCAUAGCAAUCGCAUUCUAUCGCAAUGCUUUGCCUUUAUAACCGUUGCGUUGAUUGCCCUCACCACCGGACUAUUGAUGUUCCAGGAAGUCAUAGUCAUACCCCCAUCUUCUGCCGCACGUCUCACUAGCAUCGACAAUAGCACUCUCAAAUACAGCAAAGAUGUGAUGGCGGAAGUUUUGGCAAAUGCAUCAACUACAAAUCGCUACAAUGCAACACAACCCACCGAAGAUAAAUGGAUAAGGAUGACGGAAGUAGAUUCCGGAAAGGACAACUUUUACUGUGAUUACUAUUUAGCCGUUAAUACUUUCUUACUGCUGACUCUCAUAUCGAUGAUGACCUGUGCUAUUUAUCAAGUUCUUCGCAUUUUGCUAAAGUUGAUUCUAUUGAUCAUGGCUUCAGCUUUUUAUGUGGGCUUUUCCGUUUACUUUUUGCUGCAGGAGGAAAUGUAUUACAAAUUGGAUAAUGAGGAGGCUCUUCUGCGUUACAUAAUUGAUUUAAUUUUCCUCUUUGCAUUUAUGCUUGCCCUGAUAUUCCACAGUCAUCAGACGGAGGCCACCUAUCGUUUGGAUUUCAUUUGGAAGCUUCAGGCCACGGAGGAAAAGGAAGAUAUGGAGCAUUUACAAGCAUACAAUCGUAAACUUUUGGAGAACAUACUUCCCGUUCAUGUGGCUGAACAUUUCCUGAGUCGAGAUAAAAAUAUUGAUGAUCUAUAUCAUGAACAGUGUGAUAGCGUUUGUAUAUUGUUCGCUUCCAUACCAAAUUUUAGCGAAUUCUAUGUCGAGUUGGAAGGAAAUAAUGAAGGUGUUGAGUGUCUACGACUGCUAAACGAAAUCAUUGCCGAUUUUGAUGAAUUGCUGAGUGAAGAACGCUUUCGUUACAUCGAGAAAAUCAAGAGUACAGGUGCCACCUAUAUGGCAGCAUCUGGCCUUACUGCUCAAACAUGUGAUAUGGCCAACUUUAAGCACGUCACUGCUAUGGCUGAUUAUGCUCUACAAUUAUUUGAAAAAAUCGAGGAAGUCAAUAUGCAUUCUUUCAAUAAUUUUCGAAUGCGAAUAGGUAUAAAUAUUGGACCAGUAGUGGCUGGAGUUAUUGGAGCCCGUAAGCCGCAAUAUGACAUUUGGGGAAAUGCCGUCAAUGUGGCCUCACGCAUGGACUCAACGGGAUUGGUUGAUCAUAUUCAAGUCACCGAGGAAAUGCAACAAAUACUAAAGCCUCGAGGCUUUGAGUUAACCUGUCGUGGCAGUGUUAAUGUCAAGGGCAAAGGUUCAAUGAUAACCUAUUUCCUAAAGGGAAAGGCAGCUGAGGAGAAACCGCCCCCAGAGGCGGCUACAAUGAAUGGAGAUUUAUUGCAGUCAGCAGCGGCAGCAGCAGCAGCGGAUAUCACCAAGGAAUCAUCCUCCAAGCCCCUAACAAGCAUUGAAGGUAAUUGCACAACAAAUAUAACGCCUAACGAACCCUGUCCCAAUCCUCCCGACUCACUGGUGUUGUCACAUCAGGUCAGCAGUAAUGUCACCGAAUCGGAAGAUCUCUCUCCCGAUGUCGAUCUCAAUUCGAACAUGAACAAUUUGACAGCGCAAAGACGCAAGUCUUUGUGUCGUCAGCACAACAUCUCAUCGUCGUUUGGUACCACGGUCAGUUCCACCACUUCAGUUACACCCUGCAUAUCGAGCAGUUCCAGUGUGGUGACCAUCGGCGCCCUGCCCGCCUUCUGCAAGAAUAAUUCCUCGUCGAUAGACAACUCUUCGGAGGCUUGUAGUACGAUAAGCAAAACGAAUUUCUUGCCACGCACCCCAUUGGAAGAGUUGAAGGGUGAGACUGAGAGUGACAAGGGUACGCAUAUAAAUUCCAUAGAAAAUUUAGAAUUGUUACUUAAGAAUAAUAUAAGCCUGUCAGACCUUAAUAAUAAACAACAACUAAAUCUUAGAACUCAAGAACUGAUAAGAUCCAAUGCAAGUCAACCGAAAAAGGGUGGGAGUGGUGGCGGUGAGCAAAUCGCCCCCUUUCGGGCAGACAAUGUGAUGCGACGCAAGCACCGAUCUGUGGCGGGCAUAGCCUCAGGCCCCUAUGGCAGUUAUCACAAACCACAAGCAUCGCUGCCAUCCGGUUCGCCGCAGCGCUAUUCGGACACCACCUAUCUGCUGAAGGAUCUGUCCACGCCCGAGCAAUCACCGGCCCACACACACAAAAAUCCCCUCUGCCAAGACUCGCCGCCAGAGGAUAAAAAGGCUUUGUUGACAUCACAUUCGCAAGAGGGCACAUCGAUAAGGCUGAACCUUAAUCCCUUGCCGGGUAGGCAGGGAGCUAUGAAGACCUCUCUCUCCCUGAGUCCCAUAGCCCUAUACAGAGGCGAUGAGGAGAUGAUGGCCAUGCCCAAUAGUCGCAGCAUGAUUGUCAUGGCCUUGGACACAUCUUCCCAGACACCGAGCGUGCAGACUCAAAUUUCCUCCUCCUCGGAGGCAGCAGAGUAUCAUGUGGCCAAUUCCUCGCCGCUACCUGCUGCAGAGGCUGUGUAAGUAUGGCAAAUG